CGACGUGCCCAUACCGCAACCAGAUCACCCUCCCUCCUCACUCGCAGCUGGAGGUCGAUCUGGUCAGUCACCGUCCACUCCUCUUGCGUUUGUUACCGUCUGCUAUCCUCGCCACCGCUCAUUGGUCGACGCGCACUAGCCUCGGUUCAAGCACUCACCCCGGCAGUUCCUGCGAGACGCACGACACAAGUACGGUUGCUAUUGGGUUGACACUUGCCAGGCAAAGAGACGAAUUUGAGUUAGAGUCCGCAGUGUGCGAUUAGCCAGCUGCUGCAUCCGAGUCGAUCCACAGGGGGGAUCAGUAGUUAGCCGAGGAUUCUGCAGGGUUUCGGUGAUCGACGACAAUUGAAGAAACGCAGGUUGUUGCAGGAGCAGUUGCGAUAGCGAUUGCAACAGCGAUUACCACGGAUUGUUAUAAGAGAUCGGCUUUCGUUGACAGUGACGUCUGUGUUGGCGUACCACACAGUUCUGCAAGAUGAUCAUGAGCUUGGUCUUUUGGCCGUGGACGUGGUGGAGGACGCGUAACGGGCAUACCCGUUCCCUCAAGGAGGAUUCACUCAAUCGUUCCUUCUACCGAUUCGCACUUUACGUCACGCAUCACCCUACACUCACGAUCAUGUUAUCGGUGUUUACGCUACUCCUACUUUCAUAUCCGACAUUACAAAGCUUCUUUUUGAGACCACACGAACAAUUCAAAAUCUGGAAUUCUUCGCCGCUGGAUACACUCCCCCCCGCGACGGACCCGGGAACCUUCGAAGUCGUCCUGCGACAAAUGUGGAUCCAAGGUCGCUUCAUGGGUGUCCUCGACCGAGAAGUCCUCGACAAAGCGUUGAAGAUCGAGGAAGCGAUGAUGGAGACCAUGGUGAGGAAGGCGGGGGAGAGGGGGGUGGAGGAUUUGUGCGAGACGUGUUUUGCGAGCGAGUAUGGGACUUGUUUCAUGCAUUCCCCGUUUUUGUAUUGGGAGGGUGGUGAGCAAUUUCGUGCUGAUCCGGAUUAUAUGGCGACGAUUCGGGAAGGUACGCAUCGUGUUAGUCCGUGGGGUGUGACACUGCGUUGGGGCACGGUGUUUGCGGGCAAAUAUUACGACCCGGAUCAUCAACUCAUCGCAGCGGACGCGGCCGUCGUUGGGUAUUUUUUUAAAAGGGAGGCUGUGUGUGGAGAGAUUUGGUAUGAUUCGGUCAAGGAGAUGAGGGAGAGGGGGGAUGCGGGGGGUGAUCCCUGGGAUUUGCAUUAUCCGCGUACGCCGGAGAGUGCGCUCAAACCCAUGUUGUUGGAGUAUCGCCUCACCCCACUCACCACAGUUAAUGUUGCCGUGUUGUCAGCGGCGUAUGCGGUUACGUUUGGGUAUAUGGUCACGAGUCUUCGUCGGCUACGGGCUGUGCAGAGUCGGGUUGGGUUGGCGGUGAGUGCGGUUGUGCAGGUUGUUAGUUCGUUGUUGGCGGCGAGUACGUUGUUGAGUUUGUUUGGGAAGGAGUUGGAGUUGUUGCCGCGUGAGGUGUAUCCAUUCGUCGUUAUCGUUAUUGGUGUGGAGAAUAUGUUUCGGUUGACGAAUGCGGUUAUUCGGACGCCGAGUUCGUUGCCGGCGAGUCGGAGGGUCGCGACGGCAAUGGGGAAUGUCGGAGCGAGUUCGUUGAUGGCGGUCAGUGCCGAUUUGGCGAUUUUGGUGUUGUUGGCGAUGGCGAGCGUCACGGCCGUCAGGGAGUUUUGCAUGUAUGCUGCUGUUGCGAUCGUUGUGGAUUUUAUUUUGCACAUGACGUAUUUCGUGGCGAUUUUGAGUGUGGAUAUUCGGAGGUUGGAGAUGAAGGAUUAUGAGAUUACGCAAGAGGGGGAUCAGAGGGUGAGAUUGCCUAUUGAUAGGCGUGGGAGCAUGGAUGGGGAACUGAGUAUGCGGGGAAGGCUUUGGGCGGGUGUGGUGUGGGUGUUUAGGGUGUUCGGAAAGGGAUUGGCUGGGAGUAUCAUUCUCCUGUCCUUCGUCGUCGCCUUGAAUCUCCAUUACAACAUGGCACCCGUACAAGGGUUCUUGGAUUACUUCACGCCCAAGUUCUGGAGAAUAUGGUGGAGGCGGCCCGCGGUACCUCUCAGUCCGCAAGAACAAGCCAACCUGGACGCGGCGCCGGCGAAUCAGAUCAGAUCUUUCGCGCAAUGGAUCUCGAUGCAGAUGAUGCCCACCGUCAGUGAGCUCUUGACGCAAAUCGCGCCGAAUAUAAAGAAUUUCUUGGUGGAGGUGCAUUAUCCAACCUAUUUCGUCGUGGACAAGGAUCGAAAGAUCGAUACGACUCCGCUUUCGAAUUUGGAUUCUGCGGCGGUUUAUCUGUGGGCUUGUGUACGGAAUCAUUUUCGGAGUUUUAUGACGGUGAGCAUGAUUUUGGGGGGUGGAAUUAUUAUUGUUUUGAGGUGCGUUGCGCCGGGGGCGUUUGAGGAUGUGCAGUAUGAGUUGGAUGUUGAGUUGGAUGAAGGGCAGGGUAAGAAGAGAGAGACUUUGGAGGUUGCGAAUAUGGAUGCGGCGGCGCAUAAGUUGGAUGUUGUCAUGCUUCAGGCUUCGACGAAUGGGCAACACCUCGUUAGUGUUGGCCUUGAUCGGAGGAUCUUGUUGUGGGAUUUGUGGGGCAAGACGAGUAAGAGCUUACCCAUGCCGAAAGGGUUGGUGCAGAGCGUCUGGCCGCUGCGAAGCGUGAGCGUCGAUGACGAGGGAAGGAGCGUGGUUGCUGUCGCGAAGGGGUGCAUUCUAUGGUGGAAUGUUCUGAACAACACGUUGCCUUUGGUGUUGCCGACUGAGAAAGGCGUGCCGAUGACUUCGUUCUUCGUUCGGGCAGCGAAAGCGGCUGCAGGUGGCAACGUUGGAGAAAGCACGUUUGCGAGCGUUUAUCAACCGGGGACGGUGGUGGAGUAUACGUCGGCUGGAGGUAUCGUGAGACAUCCGCUCGGGUCCGCUGCUGAGGAUAAAAGUGCAGUGACUUGCACGUACAGCAGGAAGCCGGCCCUCAAGGUCUUUACUUCGUUGAACGAUGAUACCGUGGAAGCGGUCAAGAGGACGGACGGUGGAUGGACACUUACACAUAAGAUUCCGGCUCAGGCGGAGCAUGGAGGUGCGCCUACGAUCACGAAGUUGAUCCCGGUGGAUGCGAUGGACUUGGUCAUCGUUGGCAGAUCUGCCGCGGUGGACAUCUACUCGACCGCGUCUGGUGACCUGCUGCAUACGAUCGAAACAGGCGAAGUGAAGGAUCUUCGUGCGACUACUGCACCGGCAACGACCUGUAGCUGUGGCUUCAAGGCCAUGCCAACGUUGACGAUUGCAUACACGGAAGUUCAGACUGGCGCGUUCGUGAUGAGGACCUUGCGGUGCAAGGAUGGACCCAUUUGUCUGCGUCCGCAUCAUGAUCCUGAGGCGAACUGUCUGGCAUUGUAUAGUGCCGAGGAGAGCUCGCAUAAGAUGAAAGAUCCGGGACAGUGGCAACUCCUCGAUGGGAAUUUCGUCAUCGGAUUGAAGUCGGUGCGUGUGCAGCCUGUGGAGACGGCCGGGGUUUCUGGUGCACUGAGAAGGCGGGGCCAAAAGUCCUCCCCUUCGAAGAAGAUGAUUGAGGAAGAAAAGUGGGAAGCAUGGGCCAUGAUGGCCAACGGAGACGUCAUCGUGACUGCGAUCUCUCAUUACGGUGACGACGGUGAAGCAUUAUUGUUUAAUCAUUUGGGACCGGUCUGCAAGAUCGGACGGCGUUCUUUGGUUGUUGGGUUUGGGAGUUGCAUCAAGCUUAUCACAUUUGGAAGAAAUAAUGGGAUUACUGGGACGGUGGAUCACGAGACACACGAGGAGGAGUUUGCAGAUGGGUUGGAGUUUGCGAGGAGGCGGCAGCAGACCAGGAGGGGGUAUCGCGCGCUGCCUUUGGUGUGA